GUGAGCCGACACUCCGACAGCUGAUUCAACAUUGCGACGUUGUUUAUGGGCAGCAAAUACUGACAAAAAGAAAAAAAUAUGAGUGUUUAAAAGUUUUUUGAGUUGUUAUUGUUAUUGUUUCCCGGCUCUAAGUGUGGUGUGUAGUUUUAGAGUACUUUACUCAAAAUGGGAUGUUGCUACAGUUUGUGUAAAGAGGAUGCGGAUCAGCAGGGUAAUGAAGUGAAUGAGCGCACUCACUUGUUGGUCGAUCCUGUCAGUAAUAAUACUAAUAUACCCAGAGUUCACAAUGAUGAUUAUGUAAAUCAAUAUGCAAGUUCUGUACCAAAAAAGACAGAUGAACAAAGCGCACUGAAUCGUAUUCUUCAUGAGACUGCAGCAAAUAUAAUAGAUGUAGGUGCAUUGGAUUCACAUAAUUUGGAACAACAUGAGUAUUUAGAGCGAUCAAGAGCUUAUGCGAAACGAAUAGAAACUGUGGGAAUAAGAGUACCAGAAGUCUCUUAUUGCUUACUCAGGGAUAUUCCAGCACCAGAGAGAGUUCUUGCAUCUGAACCGAUAACCCAAAAUGAUAAAGAACUUAUUACUGACUUUAUGCAAAAAUCUGUGAUGGCAUUAGAUGAAGUUCAAGUUGAGCAUAAAGAAGAUUUAGUUGUCCCAUUCUUAUCGUGAUUAUCGCAUUCUCCAUCGAAUCUCGAGGCUGGACUGAUGCGAACUUCGUCAACCCAAAUGUUAACAAACCAAGAUGAUUUAAUGGAAAUUUGGGUCCAGUCAUAUUUUACUGACUAAACCACUAUAUGCCUGUAAUUUUUUUCAUUUAUAACUUCUUUGUUUCCAAAAUUUACUGCAUGCUGUUCAUCGUUAUUUAUAAUGUUAGUAUUUUUUCAAAUGGAAUAUUUUUCAACUCUUGUGUUUUGUAGUUAUAUAAUAAUUCAAUUAAUUUUAGUAUUGAACGAGAUUUUGCCGUAACGAUUUUAAAUGUAUAUACAGUUUAAUCUUAAAUCGGAUAUCUAAUUUGAAAACCUGUGAGUUUAUAAUAGAUCGAUAUUAUAAAUAUACGAUGUUUAACAAUUUAUACCAUGUUAUUUUCAAAGAAAACGUAACAUUAUUUUCAGCAGAAACAGUGCAAGGCAUUUUGUACAAGUAGAUUUGUAAAAUAAAAUCAUGCCUUGAACACUUUGUAAAACUUGUGAUUCUAAAAACAUAUUAAUAAGAGCAGUAAAUUUUGUGAAUAUAAAAUAUACAUGUAUAAAUAAUUGAUAUUGUGCAACAAGUGUAAAGUUAGUUCCAAUAUUUUUGUUGUUGUAAAUUUUACUUUCAUGUGAACAUUGCAGUUUAUGUUUAAUAAAUCGAAAUUAUUAUUACGGUAAAUAAGAAAGUUGCGCUUUGUAGAUAGUUUUACAUCAAUUUGGCAAAUAAGAUUGAUAUUGAUAAAAAGUUCUGAUUAAAUUGAAAAACAAUAUUAAUUUUUACAUGUUCAAGAGAUUUAAAAAUCAACGUUUGUAUUUUUCCUUGUCUUUUGCUUAUUCUUCUUUAAUCCAUUACGUAAAUUUAAAGGAUUUUCGUUGAAAAUUAAAUUUUUGUAAUAUUUACUUUUUACAGAGAUGUAUUAUAUUAUUAAAACAAUGAAAAAAAAUUGAAUUUGCAUUAU